AAAGUGGCCGGUUUGACAAGUAGGAAGAAAGAUGGCUGCGCCCGUGACAGCCGCUGUAGCUGCCGAGGUGUCCCGGGGGAAACGCGCUGCCCUCUCCAUUGCUUUUAUAACCGCCGUUCUGGGGCUUCCUCUUUGGUGGAAAACAACGGAGACCUACAGAGCCUCCCUGCCGUAUAACGAGAUCAGUCAGCUGGACAUCCUCCAGCUCCAGCUCACCGUCCCUAUAGAAGUCAUAUUUGCAAAAGGCACGUUAACAGCAGAGCAGCAAAGGAGAGUCCCUCCAUCAGAACCAAAGGAGAAGCAGAUUGUUCUGAACUCUCACACCAGUUUCAAUUGUCGUUAUGAGAUCAAGUACCGAAGGACUAGUAGUGAGGAAGAGGAGGCCCUGGGGCUAUAUACAUUGCAAGAUGCUGAUGAAACGCUCCAGCAGCUGAGUAAAGGAACCUUGGGCUCAAUAGCCAUCUUUAUUGUACCAGAAACGUCUGAGCUUUAUUCCAAGGGAGUCAGUGUGUAUAUUGGGAAACACCGGAGAGCUCUGGUUAAGUACUCACCGAAUCCAUCCCUUCAUACUGAAGAGAUCCUCCAGACCCUUUACAAGAAACUGCAGCCUGUUAUUCAGACCUUGUCAUUCACCGAAGAAGCUGUUACAGCAGCUCUGUCUAAUAGAAUCCCUAUCGGCAGGUUCAGCAAAGACGACUUUGAAAACAGUAGGCGAGCAUUCAAAACCAGCCCAGGCUACGAGAUCACAUUCAGCUUGCUAAACCCAGAUCCUAAGUCUCAUGACCUGAACUGGAACAUCAGCUCGGCAUCAGAUCAAUAUAUCCAGCCUUUCUUGGAUAAGCUGAAUCCAGUGGCCAACUUCUCUGUUGAUUCUCAGAUAUUGUAUUAUGCGGUCCUUGGCGUAACCCCUCGCUUCGAAAAAUCUACCUCCAGCUACAUCCUGAAUGCACACAAUCUUCCACACGUCAUAAACCCGGUAGAGGCGAGGCUUGGUUCAAGUGCUGCCUCUCUGUACCCCGUCCUGAACUUCCUGCUGUAUGUACCUGAAUACUUUCACUCUCCUCUCCACAUUCAGGAUAAAGAUGGGAGCAGAGUACCAAGCAACGCCUUUCACAGCCCGCGAUGGGGAGGGAUCAUGGUCUAUAAUGUGGAUUACGGAAGCCAGGAAGAAGAGGAAUUUCCGAUACGGGUUGAUAUUGACAUGAUGCGGGUGAUGGAAGUUUUCCUCACACAGCUACGACUCCUUUUAGGCAUUUCAAAGGUCUAUGUGCCAGAGAACUAUCUGCUGGAAAGUCCAGGCAAUGAGGGAUUGACUGACUGGGAACUUGACAAACUCCUCUGGUCAAGGGCUGUUGAAAAUAUAGCUACAGUGACCACAACUUUGACUUCCCUGGCUCAGCUUCUGGAUCAGAUUGGGAACAUUGUUAUUAAUGAUAAUGUGGCCUCUGAGGUGUACCGUGCCGUAUCCUCUGUUGAGAUAGCCUUAUCCGAGCUGGAAGCCGGGCGGCUGGAGUUUGCCUUCCAGGCUAGCAAAGAUGCCAUUGCAUCUUCAGAAAAGGCGUUCUUUGAUCCUUCUCUCAUCCACCUCUUAUACUUUCCAGAUGAUCAGAAAUUUGCCAUUUACAUACCUCUCUUCUUACCCAUGGCUGUCCCCAUCUUGCUUUCUCUUCUAAAGAUAGCCAAGGAAUACAAGGCUAACAAGAAGGAAUCAAACAAAAGUGACUGAGACACAACCAUUCAAUAUCUGAAUCCUCAACAGGAUUACAACGCAACCAACAAAACCACUAGAGAAUGUAUUUAAUAAUUGCCUGAGCAUGUGAUAUUUUUUUAUUUUCUGCUUGGCUGUUAACUAGGACGGUGCCAAGAAAACCCAUGGCUUAGCUUUUAUGCAUAAGUCUGAUCGGUCAAUGAAACAGUUUGGCUCUCUACCCCCUCCCCAGAACUAUUUUUGUUCGCAAGCAUGUACAUAUGGCUGCCUCUUAAUAUGUGCAUAUAGAGCAUGCAACCGAUGAACUUUACUACUGAUAGAGGCUGCAGGGCGGCUUCCCUGGUUGGGUGAAUUAAGAGGUACCUAACGAAGCAACCGAAUCUCAGGGCAUUCUUUAUACAAUCUGGCUUCAUUGUACUUAAAUGUGUUUGCUAUCCAUCACCUAAUGAUAUUGCCUGGGAAUUUAUCCUAAACGAUGAACUGCAUAAAGUUUGUAGGAACAAUAAUUACCCAUCUGCAAUGUGUAUACUUCUUUCUUCACAUAAUUUUGCGGGUGCAUGUUGUUCUCAUCCCCAUAUUGUAGUGUUGAAAAUGCCCCAAAAUAUUUAUAGUCCAUCAGUAUCUUUCAGCUGCAGGCAGCCUUCUGUCUUACAAAAGUGUAUUGCGAGGGCUGACCAGGGGGAUAUUUUUGACCUUGGUAACUGGAACUCUGCUGUAACAUUAAUGAUGAUUAAGAUAUGAGUACCUGCGCUCCGCUCCGCUGAGCUACAUCUCGGGAGGCUGGACACUGGAGUGAUUAAAAUGAUGAGAAAUUCCGAUUUUUAAUCUUUUACCGUUUACUAUGUCAUUUCUCUUGUUGCUCAGAAUCACAUAACCAGUGAAUUCCCAUGUAAGGUUUAAUUUUGUACCCCAAACAUUUUUCUCUUAAAUAAUAAUAAAACAUAAAAAGCUACAGCUUGGUUACA